CCUCACUAACAACAGCAACUGGGAGUACGACUCGUGCAACAAGAAGAGAGGUUACGUCUGCAAGAAGAGAGGAAAUGUAAAAGACGCUACGCCGGCUCCUGACUCCAACAAGUGUGCUCCCGGGUGGCUCGAGCACGACUCCAGCUGCUACAAGAAGGAGGUGGUGACGCCCAACGGUUGGCUGGGGGCCUGGCACCACUGCGUCUGGAUGGGCGGCGACCUGCUCUCCAUCACCUCCUCGGCCGAGGAGGACUUUGUGAAGGGCACCAUGGGCGAGGACACCCCCUUCUGGCUGGGACUCUCCAACCAGAAAUGCGACAAGUUCUGGUGUCGCUUUGAAGGCGGGAGCCAGAAUCUGACCUGGUCCGAUGGCGAGACAAUGAAUCACACCAACUGGGCCUCAAAUCAACUCGAAAGCGCCGACGUCGCGUCCUGCGCCUACGUCAACCAAGGGGGAAGGGGUCAGCCCGGCAAGUGGAGGUCUGGCUCCUGUGAUUCCUCGUUGGCCUACAUGUGCAAACGGCCGCUGAGCUGCCCGAAGGGACGGACGUGUUCCCCCAAAAGUGGUCUUGCUGUAGUGGAGACUUCCACCUGCGACACGGGCAACCUACUGUAUGGCGAUCAUUGCUACUUUUACUCGAAGCUGUACAAAGAUUGGGAGGAUGCCGAGAAGUUCUGUGUUGCCCAGAGAGGCCACCUGGCUAGCGUCCACUCACUGCAAGAGGCUCAAUUCGUGUUUGAUCACUCGCAAAGCGUUUGGUUUUCUUGGCUGGGACUGAAGAAGAAAAGCAACAACUAUGAGUAUAGUGACGGAACAGCUUUUGACUACGACGUGCGGCAAGAUGACGCCACGGGGGACUGCGCGUUCCCAAAUUCUGUUGGGAAGAUCGGCGGCAGCCCCUGCACAACGAAGCGGCCAUUUGUCUGCAAAACAGCCAAGCGUGGACUGCCUCGACAGCUGCCACCAUUAGCCAGCCAACAUGGUAGGUGUCUCGAACCGCCGCCGUCUUCUACGCUGUCUUAUGCUGUUUUGCCCUCCUGCGCCGUCUGUCUCGCAGGCUGGACUGACAAAUGCGGCUGGUGGCUGGACAACCCCUCGGACGACUUCUGCUACCUGUUCAACUUUCAGCCCGCCAAGACUUGGCAGGAGGCGCAAGCCGACUGCAAAGGCCGCCAAGGGAACCUGCUCAGCAUCGCCGACUUGGACGAGCAGGGCUUCGUACGCGGUAGGGGGCCAUGA